AUGUGUUUAAUAAUCAUCUUCAUAUCCCUUACUAAGUCUGAUAUCCCCGAUUGCGAAGGUUCAAAAAGAGUCAAAAGGCAGCUGCUAUUCCCCAAUUCAACACUAUUGCAGUUUAACGCUGGCGUAGCAACACCUACCCCUAUCAAGACAAUCUUUUUUAAUUGGGCAUUCCAAGCUAAUUUUCAACUACCAUGGAAUCGGACGCAAAUACCUCUUGAUAUUUUGGAAGCCAAUUCUGGAUAUCCUGGGUUAUCCAGAAAAAGAAAGGAAGUAAUAGAAUCAACAUCAGACGCCAUACAAAAGAUAGAAUAUGAAAACGAUGCCAAACUUUAUCACUUUUAUAAAUACGUGGAAGACAUUUUAAACGGUUUCGGCCAUAAUGGAUCAUCGUGCGUUUUACGAGCUCUAUGCCAUCUGGGCGCUGAACCCCUUCAUAAUGGUGACGAAGAGGAUCUGUUGCAUGAACUGGCCAACUUCGUCCUUAAUCCUGAAAAUGAUGCUACUGAUGAUGAAACUACGACCAAGGAUGCGUUACCUUAUAUCAAAGCCUUUAAAUCCGGCGAAAGCGUUAAAUAUUGUAUAGAUAACUACAAAUGUUCAUUGUCUCUCAUUGACAUGUUUACUAAAUUACAUUACAAA